CAACCUUCCACAGUGUGGAAUUUCAAGCAGUGCCGUCGUUUGCUCCAACAAUAAAACAUCGCGUUGGAGCCGUAUGUUUUGUAUGUUGUUAUACUAGAAAAAGUGAAAAGCCAACUGGAAAGUCAUGUAAAGACUUAAACGCGAAUUAAAUAAUUUACGCGCUGCAGAUGCAAGUACUGCGUACUCAAAUUAAGUUAUAAAGGUGCAGGAGUGCAAAGGUGCAAGUGAAAAACCUACAUACAUACAAUUGUGUGUGUGUGUGUGUGUGCACAUAAGUGCAGCUGCUGUGUAUGAGUAAAUUUCUGUGUAUGUGUGUCGCGGUGUUGGAAACAGAAUUUUGGCAGCAAAAUCCCCCUCAUCAUCCAUACCAGCCAGAGCAGCAGCAGAAGGCGAAAUUGAAGUGCAUUUUAUACAUGCCUGUGCGCAAAACGCAAACUUAAAUAGAAUCCCAAGCAGCGCGGCGACAGUCAGAGAUGACGUAAACGACACCGACAACAACAACAAGUGAAGAAGAUAACAACAACGACAACUGCACAAACGAGUCCAAAGAGCUCUCACUUUUUAUUCCCCCUCAAAACCCCGCCCAAUUGGAAUUGUAUAUCAGCCCAACCGAAUCCGAAAACGAAACUGAAACUGAAUCCACAACCGAAACUUAAACUGAUAUUGUAUUCUAUCUAUUGAGAGGGUCUAUAGAGAUAUAAUAUUGUGUGUAAAAUUAAAGAGGUAUGGGGUCGAUGGGCUUAUCAGCAAAGUGCAAUCGUUGCGCCAUGUUGCCAAUUUUAUUGCUCGCUUUGCUGUUAACGGCAAACGCGGAGCGGGAUUUCAAUGUGAAUGACUCUCAGGUGCCCGUCAUCGAGCCCAAAGAUGCGCCCGCCUAUAUGCAGGAUCCGUAUGUGACGGAGCUAAUGCGUUGCCAGCACACACAGUCUGAGAUCGUGCUCUCGCUGCUGCUCAAAAAGCAUGACUGGAGCGAUCUCAGCGUUGCCAAGCGCACGCAUGUUCAGGCCAAGCUCUCCAAGUUCUUCGCCAUACCUAGGGAGUUCAUUUCCCUGGAUUCGGUGUCCAAGCGCGAGUUGGCCAGCAUGCAUAAACUGGCCAUGCGCAAGGGCGGAAAGGGACAGAAGCAUGUGGAGGCGUUGAAUCGUCGCUUGGGACGUGCUAGUUUUAUGAUCGGCUGUGGUCCCAAUUACUUUAGCAUGGGGGAACCAAUAGCCAAGCAAAUAACUCAUCAAAUCAAGGAUGGCACCAUUGGCGCUUUAACAGAGGAAAACUUUGGAUUGUGGUUUAUAUGGCGCAAGGAAUUGAAGACAAGAUCACAAAGAAAGCGUCGACAGUCCGAAGGAAGCGGAACGGAGGAAGAUGAUUACGACUAUGGAGAAGAUGACGAAGAACAGGCACUUGAUGCAGUGACUGAGGUACCAACAACACAUGCACAUCGUCAUCAUCAUGGCGUGGCUGGCGAAAGCGUGGAUGCUCUGGAAUCAGCCGGCAAUGGCAGCAGCGUCCCCAUCCUGUCCAGCAAUGAGCUGGCCACGCCCACUCUCACUCCCACCACGACAACGUCAGCGUCAGUGACAGUGACAGUGACUACGACCAGGCAACCGCAGAUGGAGUUGAGUAGCACCACAACGGAUGUGUCAACGGAUUAUGUGGAGCCGAGACAGGAGAACAGCUCGCCCAUGAUUAAGAUGCGUCUGCAAAAGCUGGCGGUGACUUCGGGCAAAGCGUUUAGUUUUAUGGUGCCCUUGGAAACCUUCUUUGAUGCCGAGGAUCAAACGAAUCUACGUCUGGAAAUCACCGACAAGGAUGGUCAUGAGCUAAAAUCCACAUCCUGGCUUCAAUUCAAUCCAGACAAACGAGAACUCUAUGGACUGCCACUCGAUGAUGCUGUCUCUCGUUGGCAAUAUCGGCUCACGGCCACGGACUCGGGCAAUGCCACCGUCACGGAGACCGUGGAGAUUAGUGUACAGCAGCAUCGUGCGGUGCGCACAAUAAAUCAUGAGAUCAGCAUUGCAGUCAGGAUCAAUGAGAAGCUCGGUCACAACAUUGACUGGCAGCUUAAAUUGAUUAGAGCCGUCGCUCAUACACUGGAGGAUGGCAGUAGCUCGGCGUUGGUUGUACGCGAGAUUCGUCAGACGCUGCAGGAGCCCCAAAGCGCCACCUUUGUCUACUUCAAUGAGACGCUGCCUACCAGCGAGUGUCCUGAGGUGGAGCUCAAGGAUGUGGUGCGACGUUUGAAUGCUGAGCGUUUGAGUGAUCUGGUGCAGCCGCUGUUGAGCAUCAAGUCCAUAACAGGCCAGUUGAUUGGCGCCUGUCAAAAGACCGAGCUGACCAAGAUAAAGCCAACAACUCAAAUGGCCAAGAAUUUGCCACCGAUGCCUCGAAAUCAGGUGGAUCGUGUGAAUGCCUCUGUGGGUCAACUGCUCGUCUUCAAGGUGCCCAGUGAUACCUUUUACGAUCCGAACGAUAACGAGUUGACGCUCUCGCUAAAGACUAAGGACCACCAAGAUAUAAGCCCACGCAACUGGAUGCAGUUCGAUUCGAAGAAUCAAGAAUUUUAUGGCAUUCCCAAGAGCGGCAACACUGGCACCGAAGAGUAUUUAUUGAUCGCUGAGGACAGUGGCGGUCUCAGUGCCACCGAUGCACUCGUUGUAGUUGUCAGCCAAAUGCCCAAAAGGGAAUACGCCUUGCUCUUCAAGGCCUUUUUGGCCAUUCGCCACGACAACUUCAAUGCGGAGAUGCAGCGUAAGUUUGCGGAGCGCAUUGCCCAGCUAAAUGGUGAUUCCAACACAAACCAGAUCAUCAUGCGCUCCAUCACGACGCUUCACGAUGUGGAUGGCACAAGUGUUUCCUUUUACAAUGCGUCGCUCUACAAGAUGCACAAUCGUUGUCCCCACGAGGCAAUGAACGCCCUGCGGUCCGUCUAUUUCAACAAGGAUCUGUCGACAAGGUCCAGCGUAAAGAAAGCACUCGGACCAGAGCUGAAUCUGACCAACUUUAUGGUGUCAAUCCAAGGGCAAUGUCAAUAUUCCGAGAUCAGCGACAUUAAUCAGCAUGAUAAUAUGCCGCCACGUCUCAAGGAGCCGAGCCAGAAGCCGACCUUCUCUGAAAACUAUCUGGCCACGUUUAUACUGCCCGCCGUCAUUAUUGUGGUCAUGAUAUUGUUGGCUUCGAUAAUAGCCUGCUGUUUACAUCGACGCCGCCACAAGAGCGGCAAAAUGGAGCUGGGUGAUGAGGAGGAGCGUAAAUCGUUCCGCACCAAGGGCAUACCAGUUAUCUUCCAAGAUGAAUUUGAGGAGAAGCCUGAAAUUGGAAACAAGAGUCCAGUCAUACUAAAGGAUGAGAAGCCGCCGUUGUUGCCGCCCAGCUACAACACUUCCAACAUGAAUGGCGACAACGACGUGGAUGAAUAUGUGCCACCUCCAGCUGUGGUCUUGGGUGGACGCGAGGUGCGAGGGAAAUCACCUGCCACGCCGUCUUAUCGCAAGCCACCGCCAUAUGUAUCGCCAUAAAUGUGUCGAUACCAACAAUAAAAACAACAGCAACAGCAACAAUAACAGGCAGCAACAACUACAAUAAUCAUUACUUCAACUAAUCAACAUUUAACAAGAGGAAAAAAAAGAGUUUUUUCAAACUUAAUCUUGCAACUUUGCACCCACAGAAAUCAACUCGAGAUUGAAUUAGAAUUUGGAUUGAGUUUUAAAUCGACAGACCCGCCCACAACAUGAAUGUUUAUGAAAUGGUAUUAUCUAAAUGGACGCAACUGUAAAACAAUCAAUUAACGAUUUCAAUAUGCGACUUGGCAAACACUUAAGCUAAAAACUAAAACUAAUCAUUUAAACAAAAAACAAACUAUGCUGCAUAUUAUUUAUCUAGUAUGUACCUUAACUUAACUUAUAUGAUGUUUACACACACACACACACACUCUCACAAUUUAGCAAGCUAAAGUGCUUGAAAAACCACACAACCAACAAUUUAUAGAGUAGCAUUUAAAAUGAUGUAUGUUAAAAUGCGGCCAGCCGCUGUUUGCAAUGCCCUUUGCCAAGGUGAAAAUUGUACUUAGUAUAAGUUAAUAUGAAAAUUGUGUUUUUUGAGCAGCUAAUAUGACAUUCAGCUUGAGCUGAAUCAAGUUGUAAUUGUUUAAAUCAUUGGGCCAGUCGCCGUCCGUUUGCCAUAACUAUCAAUUGUUAAACUGGCCGCUGCCGCAAGCAAAAAUUCAAUUUGUACCACUUUCUAGCCAAUCGAUAGGGCUAGAAGAUGUUGGGCAUUAUAAGUGUAUGCAGUAGUUAGUCUAGUAUUAUAUCAUAUCAACAAAUAUUAUUUAUUGGCUAUGCUGUUAGUUUUUUAUUAGCACUUCCUUUGGGCAGGGGGCAUUUUGCUUCUGUUUUGAGUUUUGCAUUUAGCUGUUAAGCAGAAAGAUCAAUGUGUUUUUUUUUUUGUAAUGCCUUGUUUUCUUUUUAAAUAGUAACGCUAUACUCAAUACAGCUGCCAAUUUGUGAAAAGUGAAUACUAUCACGGUUCUAUCAACAAAAACAAAUCAAAAUAAUAGUACGUAUUUAAAUAUUCCUACACAAUAAAUAUGCCCCACAAAGUGCUUCCUCCAUACCACCAAAAUCAUAUCCAGAAAUCAAACAAUCAAAUAUCCUCACAUACACAUGCACUCUCACUCAAGUAUAUCAAAUCAUUACUUAAAGUAGCCCUUAGUUUUAAAUUGAUUUUACAAGGCCCCCUAUAUAUGAUUAGAAUAUAUACACGUAUUUAUAUACUUAAACUUAAACCUU